GCCAAAAGUACUCCUCAGAUUAGCCUGGUACUUUACUCAGAGGGCAGAGUAGGUAGCUGGUAUUGUUGCCUCUUAUGGGAUUAGCAGUUAAAGACGGGGCUUUUACCAAGUCUUUAAUAUGUGAAGCACAAAAUGCGAUGCUAUCUUCACACCUUUUUCCUCUGCACCGUCUUCACUUUCCUCUCGCUGCUGUAUGUGUUUAGUCAACUAGCCUCCACCCUGGAUGGCAGAGACGAGUUGAGCGCAGGCGUUAUUCCAGGUGGCAGGAGGAGCAGUCACGACAGCGGGCACCUGCUCAGGAAAACACCGGGCCUGGCCGGCCUCCGAAGCCCCGGGGAAGAGCUGAGCAGGUGUAAAUCACUGUCAGUUUCUUACUGGAAUCCAUAUUGGAGACUGCCUGCUGAAGUUUGUGGAGUGAACUGCUUGUUGGAAUCCUCUCUUAGUGAGAAGCCAGGCUCUGUCUCAAAGGAACAUGGUGAUGAAGAAGCACACACAAGUCAUGUGGCUGUGGUUGCCUGUGGCCCCAGGCUAGAAGAGACUCUCACCAUGGUAAAGUCUGCUGUCCUCUUCAGCAAAAAACCUGUGCACUUCUACAUCUUUGCAGAGGAUGAACUGCACGACAGCUUCAGGGAUGCUUUGAUAACAUGGCCCAGAGAGGUCAAGGCAAAGUUCACCUUCACCAUCUAUCCCAUCACAUUUCCUAAAGAAAAUGCAAAUGAGUGGAAGAAGCUCUUCAAACCUUGUGCCUCUCAGAGACUCUUCCUGCCACUAAUCCUAAAGGAGGUGGACUCUUUACUUUAUGUGGAUACGGAUAUUCUUUUUUUACAGCCAGUAGAGGAUAUCUGGGCUUUGCUUUCUCUGUUUGAUUCAAGCCAGUUGGCUGCUAUGGCUCCAGAACACGAGGAGCCCCGCAUCGGCUGGUACAAUCGUUUCGCCCGCCACCCGUAUUAUGGAAAGACGGGUGUCAACUCAGGUGUAAUGCUGAUGAACAUGACACGCCUCAGGGAAAAAUAUUUCAAGAAUGACAUGACAGCUGUUGCACUGAAGUGGGAAGAAAUGCUAAUGCCACUUCUCCAAAAAUAUAAACUCAAUAUCACCUGGGGUGACCAGGAUCUUCUUAAUAUAAUAUUUCACCAUAAUCCAGAAAGCCUGUAUGUGUUUCCAUGCCAGUGGAACUACAGGCCAGACCACUGCAUGUAUGGCAGCAACUGCGCGCAGGCUGAACGGGAAGGUGUCUUCAUUCUCCAUGGAAACAGAGGAGUUUAUCACAACGACAAGCAGCCAGCCUUCCAAGCUGUUUAUAAGACCAUCCAAAAGUAUCAGUUUGGUGAGAACUUGGAGACGUCACUCCUCAAACCACUGGAAGCUGCGCUGCAGAGCGCCACACAUACGUACUGUGGCAGAGCCGGCCCGCUGUUAACCAAGAGGUUAAAGGAAAGCAUCCGGUCUGUUCAGCAAAGAUGAUGGGAAUCGGCAGAAGCACUCCACGAGGAAAGCCAGAUGUCUGUCAGUCUGGAGUUGAACUGAUUGAAGACAUUGCAACUCCAGACUCAGUCACAUGUUUACAAGCUUCGUGCCAAGAUGUGGUCUGACUUUCAGUUGUUAGUUUUCUAUGACUCCACUGUUGAUGCAUGUCUGUUUAUCUAAUUUUGAAGUGACAAACACUUUUUCACAGUGAAGCAAAAACAAAACAAAAAACAGGAAAUUGAACCCAUUUUAUUCAGAAGAAAAUUUGGACGUCAAGAAAAGGUUUUUUUCCACCAGACAAUCAGCCCUAAAUAUCGUUUAUAAAGAAAAAAUAUUCAACUAUUUAGAGACUUUGAACUAUUUCGAAUUUUAGUAAAUUUUUAAUUCACCAUAUUUAAAAGAAAAUCUUAUUUGAUGAUUUUUAGCACGAAACGAAAAAAAGCAUUCUUUUUUAACAAGACAUAUCAAGUGUCAAUAUUUUCAUUCCAUAACAUUUAAUUUGUAUUUAUUGUCUGGCAUCUGUGAUGUCUUCCUGUUAAACUUUUGUCAAUCUGGAUUUUGUACAAAUGUCUCAAUUUACCAAUAAAAGCUGUUGGGCCAUAA